AUGUCAGUUGAAUUGAUGACGAUAGCCUACGGAAAGUUCUCGAAAGCAGCAAGUUUGGUGGUGAAUCCACGAAAAUGUCGCUUGUACUGUGCUGGUCUUGAUGAAGAGAUAGGGAAAGAUAUGUUGGCAGCAUCAGGAUUCCUGGAAGGGCAGAUGUCGUUUAAAUAUCUAGGAGUUCUCGUGAUAAGAAUGCUGCAGAAAAUUGAAAGCAUUUGUCGUAAUUUUCUUUGGACUGGUGGUUACGAGGGUAGCCAAAAAGUCCCAAUAGCAUGGAAACAGAUGUGGAGACCGAGAGGCUAUGGUGGAUUAAAUAUCAUUGAUAUUGAAGUGUGGAAUAAAGUUAGCUUAAUGAAAUUGAUGUGGAACUUACAUGGUAAGGAAGACUCGUUGUGGGUAAAGUGGGUGCAAGCUUAUUAUCUUAAGCAUAAUAAUCUGAUGGAAGUUCAAGCUAAAGCAAAUGACUCAUGA